AAGAGGAACCCUCUAAAUGUUGCACACUUUGCUUCUGCUUCACGUUGCUCACUCCAUUCCCACCAUGAGGACCUCAGGGAUACUGCUCGGCUUCUUUCACGCUCCAGUUCUCUGUCUCUUCUGGCUUACAAAGCACGCAGUGGACUCAGUUCUGCUGUCUGCUCCAGAUGUGGUAACAGCAGCAUACGGGGGAUCUGUGACAGUCUCUUGUCAGUACGACCGUCAGUUCACAGAACGCACCAAGUACUGGUGCAAAGGAAAGAUAUACGAGCUGUGUUCCAUAAUGGUGAAAACACCCAGGAACCGACAGAAUGACAGAUGCUCCAUUGUAGAUGAUAAGAGGGCAGGAGUCUUCACUGUAACUAUGACUUCGCUCACAAAGACUGAUGAGGAUAUGUACUGGUGUGUCAUUGCCAGACAUGGAAAGAACGUCUACACUGGUGUCAGGCUCCGUCUCUCCCACACAGUAACCACCACCACAACACCAACCAGUUCAUCACCAGUGACACAGGAUGAAAUAUGUUGGUGGGCGGCUCUACGUUGGAUCCUCUUGAUUUUAAUGUUGUGUUGUUUGGUGUCGACGCAUAUCAUCGCUUGGAGGAUAUCGGCUGGAAAAUGCGGCGGCGCCAAAAAUUUCAACAUCAGAACUCAAACAUUUAUGACUGAGUUUGGCAAAAACAUAACUUCAAAUCAUGGGUGAAUUAUAAACACGCUCAUACUGGGGCGACAAAAUCAUUUCCAGUGGACACUCUAUUAGUGUGUGAAUUAAGCUGAAAAAUAAAGCAAGUGAA